AUGCCCUUCAAUCUCAAAAUCUUCGUUGCCAUCUUGGCCACUGCGGACACCACGCUGUCAGCAGCAACUCGCAGAUCAUCGUCCAGACCUUCCUACCGAUUCUUGCCUGGCGACCCAGAAUGGCCUAGUGAUCGAGACUGGGCAACACUCAAUCGCACUGUAGGCGGUAACCUGAUUCGAGGCGUGCCACUUGCCCAGCCCUGCUAUGGUGUCACUGCCAAUGCAGCUGAGUGCUCGACGAUCCAGAAUGAAUGGGCGCAAAUUUCCCCGUUUGUGGAAAGUCCUGUUAAUACCAUCGACCUGUAUUGGAACAACAACUCCUGUAACCCAUUCGAUAGCGCUUUAGCCAUGAAUACGGACCAUGAUACCUCGUCCUGCACGCUGGGAAACCUCGCUCAGUACGCCAUCAAGGUGACAGAUGCUGAGUCCGUUAUUGCCGGGGUCAAGUUCGCCCGGGAUCACAACAUCCGACUCACGGUCAAGAACACGGGCCACGACUUUCUUGGGCGGUCUAUGGGCAAAGGCUCACUGGGGCUCUGGACCCACAACCUCAAAGAUACAAGCUUCUUCCAGUACAAAAGUGCCGCCUACACGGGCCCCGCGGCUCGCGUCGGUGCCGGCAUUGAGGUCUCCGAGCUGUAUACAGCGGCUGCAGCCCAAGGCUACCGUGCCGUCGCCGGAUCGUGCCCCUCGGUCGGUGCAGUUGGCGGCUUUACCCAGGGCGGCGGUCACGGGCCUCUGAGCUCGGCGUACGGUCUGGGGGCGGACCAGACCCUCGAGUUCGACGUCGUGACCGUCAAAGGGGACCGGCUGACAGCAUCACGCACCAAAAACUCGGACCUGUACUACGCCCUGAGUGGCGGCGGCGCUGGGAACUACGGCGUCGUACUAUCCAUGACGAUCAAGGUUCACAAGGACGGACCCGUGGCGGGCGCGCAAUUGAUGUGGACAUCUGAUGACGACGACGUGUUUGCGAAGGGUGUCAAGGCGUGGAUUCAGCACCUGCCGGUGCUCGACGCCAUCCCGGGCUUCCGUACCGAUGUGCGCCUCCAAAAAGGCGUCUUUUACCUCGCCAUGGCAACACUGCCCGAUGGCACCGAGGAUGAAAUGCUUCAGGCCCUACUGCCGUAUCAUGAGGCGCUGAAGGAGCUGGAAAUCACGCCGUCCCUUAACGAGACGACGUUGCAAAAUGACUUUCUCGACCACUACACCCACCACAGCGGAACAUUGGAUACCACCCGCAACCUGACGAUCGGCAGCCAACUAGUUCCACGCGCCUUUGUCGAGGACACGAACAACGUGGAUGAUUUGGUGUCGGCGCUGGAGGACAUCCUCGACGUCCCUAACUCGCUGAUUGUCAUCUUGGGGACGAAUGUGACGCACGCCCGGGUUGGGAACCAGGCCGAGACGAACGGCGUUAGCACGAUGUGGCGCGACUCGCUGUUUCUGCUCAAUGUCGGCUUGUUGGGCAACAUGCUAGCUGACUGGCCGGAGCUCGUGCAGCAGCUUGACGUGGUGAACGGCUGGGAGCAGAAGCUACGCACGGUGGUUCCCGGCGGCGGUGCCUAUAUGAACGAGGGCACGUAUGACAACCCUAAUUGGCGCGAGGAUUACUAUGGCGACAAGUAUGAUAAGCUUUUGAAGAUCAAGAGGCUGUAUGAUCCUAACAAUGUGUUGUGGAACAAACCUGCUGUCGGCCAUGACGCCUUGGUCUUGGAUUCUGAUGGCCGGCUGCACAAGGCCUGA